AUGACGGUCCUCUCUCUCCUUACUUUACUUUUCGUUGUCGCGCUCUCUUCGUUCACAUCGGCGACUUCCGACUAUCACGAGAGCCUAUACCUCCAACCACUCCCGCAGUCAUCCUUGUUAGCAUCUUUCAACUUUCGUGGCAAUGAGUCCCAAAAGUCCUUCGAUGAACGCCAUUUCCGCUAUUUUCCGAGAGCAUUAGGUCAGAUCCUACAGCACGCCAACACGAAGGAGCUUCAUCUGCGGUUCACUACUGGACGAUGGGAUGCUGAGAGCUGGGGUCCCCGUCCUUGGAACGGGAGCAAAGAGGGUGGUACUGGUGUUGAGCUAUGGGCAUGGAUAGAUGCACCCAAUGAUGAAGCGGCCUCCGCAAAAUGGAUUACCCUGACUCAGUCUCUGUCGGGAUUGUUUUGCGCCUCGCUGAAUUUCAUCGACUCAACCCGAACCACCCGCCCUGUUGCUUCAUUCGAACUAAUGGGAGACCAUCCAGCUUCCAGUAAUCUGCAUCUGCUACACGGGACACUUCCUGGCGAGGUGGUCUGCACUGAAAAUCUUACGCCAUUCCUGAAGUUACUUCCGUGCAAGGGCAAGGCAGGCGUUUCCAGCCUUCUAGAUGGACAUAAGCUGUUUGACGCUUCUUGGCAGAGCAUGUCUGUGGAUGUCAGUCCUGUCUGUCCUCAGCCAGGAGAGUGUUACGUGCAUGUCGACCAGACCGUGGACAUUGUCCUUGAUAUUGACCGGUCGAAGCGACCCCGCGGCAAUCCCAUUCCGCGACCUGUACCUUCUGAUCAACUUGCAUGCGACACAUCCAAGCCCUACCAUUCCGAGGAUACCUGCUAUCCUUUGGAAAGCACAUCGGAAAAAGGCUGGAGCUUGACGGAAAUCUUCGGACGCACCCUCAGUGGCGCUUGUCCUCUCACGGAUAAUGCUUCUCAAGAGCCGGUCUGCCUACGGGUGCCGCAUGAGCGCGAGGUAAUUGUUACUCCAGGUGCAGUGGAGACUAAGAGGCCGGAUGGCUUCACUCGCUGUUUCACUUUGGAGCCUUCUACUCCGUUCGACCUCACCAUCCCUGAACAAGAAGUUACCACUCAUGUGCCACUUGAUGAGCCUGUCUUGAGCGCGGAGAGAACGAUUGUUGGUCACGGCCAAGAGCGCGGUGGCAUGCGGAUCAUCUUCGACAACCCGUCUGCCUCCAACUCUGUCGACUUCAUUUACUUUGAGACCCUACCAUGGUUUCUACGACCAUAUGUCCACACACUGCAGGCUUCUAUCACAGGCCGCGAUGGACUACGCCAACAAGUACCCGCCUCACAAUUCAUCCGUGAAUCCUUCUACCGACCGGCCAUCGACCGAGAGCGAGGAACACAGCUGGAGCUGGCAAUGACGAUACCUCCGGCGUCGACCGUGACUCUCACAUACGACUUUGAGAAAGCGAUAUUGCGAUACACAGAAUAUCCCCCGGAUGCGAACCGCGGCUUCAACGUCGCUCCCGCCGUAAUCAAGCUCGAUGCAGCGAACGGCCAAAAUCACCCGAUCUAUAUCCGCACCACCAGCCUUCUUCUCCCGCUUCCCACCCCCGACUUCAGCAUGCCAUACAACGUGAUCAUCCUGACCAGCACCGUCGUUGCGCUCGCCUUCGGCAGUAUCUUCAACCUCCUUGUCCGUCGCUUCGUGACGGCCGAAGAAGCCUCCGCGUUGACCGCGCAAACCCUCAAGGGACGCCUGGGGGGCAAAAUAGUUGCCUUACGGGACCGCAUCAAGGGCAAGACAGCCAAGAAAGAAUAG